GCUGGAAUACUCUUUUGCGCAUGCGCAGGGCGGAAAAUUUGAACUGAAGUGACGGUUAAAUGGAAUUGUUGUGGCGGCGGAGGUUUCGACGGUGAGGGGAAAACAGGUAGCUUUUCGUUCAUUUUUGGCUCAAAAUUCAUAUACUGUUAGGGAGAAAAACUGAUAUUGACAAAUGAAAAUAACUAGACUUGCUUUGCUGUUCUUGCAACGGAUUUGGAAAGGAUGAAGAAAGGCAUAAGUGCUAAACAGCCAGAAGAAACAUUGCCUGCUAUCUCUAGCAAGGACACAAAUCUUUCUGCAUGGAGAACAAAGUAUGCUGCCAGCAAAGAUGCACAGAGUGAUAAAACUGCACAGAUGUGUAUCAGUGAAGAGGGUGACAGUCAAAACAUUCUUAAAGAAGCACUUAACUUUUUGAAGAAAGUAAAAGGCCGCACUUCUCUGAAGAAUGAGAUUCUACAGAAACACUUGACGAUUGUGGAAAAGAUUGCCCAAGAAAGGGGCUUGAAAGCAAAAGAAAUUGAUGUUUUGCUGAAUGUGGCACUCAGUGGCAAGUUUGCUGAAAUGGUAAAUAGUCGAUUGCUGAAGAACUUGAUUCCCACAUCCACAAUAACAGACGAUUCAAUUGUUUCAGCUGUGUCUUGUCUUUGUGCUGGCAAAUGUUCUAAAACUACUCAGGCACUCUUUUUAAAAUGGCUGAUUGCAAUGUUUGACUUCAUUGAUCAGAAGGAAAAGAUUAAUGCUCUCUAUGGCUUCUUCUUCAACUUCUUAGAAGAUGAAAAACUGUUCCCCUUUGUCUGCCACGUGCUUUACUUGCUGACCAGAAGAGAGAAUGUGAAACCUUUCCGUGUGAGGAGGCUCCUAGAUCUACAAACCAGGAAGGGACCCGAGCCUCUUCUGCAAGCCUUGCUAUUGUUGUACAAGAGCUUUGCUCCGGAAAUGGUAUCUGUGACUCUACCCACAAAGAUAAAGGCACGGUUUAGGAAUUUGGGAAACUUAUGGAAAUCUGCAAUCAGCAACAUAAAAAGGCGGAUCUAUGGGGAACUGCCUGCAUCUAAGCCAGAUAACAUAGGCGUUGGUGGUCUCCAGUCACGGAAGAGAAAAUUGAACUCCAUGUUGGUUCUUCCUGCAUGUACCGCCAACCCUGGUGGUUCAAAUAGGAGUCAAAAGCCCAACUAUACUGAUGUCCUCAAUCACACUAAGUUCUUACCAGUGGAGCAGCUGCAGACCUUCUCCCAGCUUCUGGAAAACAUUCAUUGUUUAGAGUUCCCUUCACGGAUAGGCUCAGUGAUAGGAAAUCCAUUAUUGUUGCACCACAUCAAUUGUGUGAAAGAUGACUCUGUCUACCAGAGGAUGUAUUACUGGAUGGGUCAAACAUUCAGAGAAGAAUGUCCUUGGUAUAAGAUUGAGAACCAGCAAUAUGAAUUGGAGUUCAGAGACUUUUUGGAUACAGUCUUGGAAGCUGAAUGUUUCCUGCAGGAGGGCUUCUCAUCCUGUGAGGAAUUCUUAUACAGGAGCCUGCCCUUCUGGGAUGGCCAUUGUUGUCGAGCACAGGUUCUGCAGUUGGUGAGUUGGAUCCCUCUCAGCACUUUCUCAGAAAUGAAGCCUUAUCUCUUCAGGCCUUUGACACAACUUUUCAUUACAUCAUCUCUUUAUUUUAAGUGUAGUGUUCUUGAAACUCUGAGGGAGCUGUUGCUAAACUGGCUGAACUGGCACAUCGUGCAAGCAGACAUGGCAACAGAGUUGAAUGUUGACAUCUUGAACACAACACUUUCUGGGGUAGUCAGCUCUGUGGAAGAGACCAUCCACUUUGUAGGCUGGCUUUCAACUAUUGCUCUGCGUUUGGAGAACAAUUCUGCGUUCUUGAUGCAUUUCAUCCUGGACUUCUAUGAGAUAGUGUGUGAUGUGUAUCAGAAGUACAAUCUCCCAUUGGUUGUGAUGCCACCUGCUGGAGUCUUCUAUCCAGCACUGCUCAGUAUGGAUUCUGUCACGGUCAACCGUCUCUGUCAUAUUAUGUACAGGUAUCGAGCCAACUUGUUAUCUGCAAAACAAAACCAACAAACUAAGCAGUUCACCUUUAGCAACCGAACAUGCCAAGAGUACAACCAAUACAUCACCGCGAUGGUUGGGUGCCUGUGGACCUCAAAUGCAUUUGAGAAAGACCUCCACCCCCUGGGCCUUUUCAUGGACUCCGAAGUGCUGGAGAAGACCAGGAUGCAGGAGUGCAGGAAGGGCUUGAACUUAGCUUACCACCCUGCCUUGACAGGCUAUGCAAUGCUGUUCUUGGAGCAGGUUCAACCAAAAGACAAAGUUCUUAACUUCAAGCUAAUUCAGGGGAGGAGAUGGGAUUGGUACCUGGAAUAUCUCUACUCCCAAGACUUACAAGGCCUGAAACUCUUCAUUGAGAGCAGCAUCAACCGUGUGUCUCAAUCUUCUCAGAAAAAAGCAAGCAAGGUGGCCGGAACAACAGGCUGAUUGAUUUUUACUCUUCUUCCUAUCGGAGCUAAAACAUUGGAGGUUGCCGUGCUCCUGUUUUUGAGAGUCAUUUCCACAGUACUAAUGGAUACCCCAAAGUUGCAGCACUGGUGGAGCUGGCUUGCAACAUGCAGCUUUCCGUUAUUUCGGGAACACAUCUUCUGAGUAAAGAAUGAAUUCUUAAGAAAAAAGGGGUGCCCUCCAACAUGGACCAGCGUUUUUUCAUUCUUACGAAAUGAGAAAAACUACUUCAGGCCUUGCUUGGAAAUGUUGAGAAGAUCGGAAAUGACAAUAUUUGUGUUGACCAUACUUUGGAGGGAAAUUGCAUUACUUCUUGUAGUGUGACUGGUGGCUUCCACAACAGUGGGAACAUCUGGAAUUUCAUUUUCGAUCAGUACCACAAAGACCUGCAGCAGUUAGAGUGGCUGGCAAAAUGCAAGGUGUGUGUGUGUGUUACUUUGUACAUAACUGUAUAGUAGCUAUUUAUGCAACAAAACAGGAUCUGUAAUUUAUAUGCUUCUGCUUUUUAUCUUAUUCUAGAGAUUCACAGUUAAAAGGCGUCUUUCCAUCUCUCCUUGUACAAAGUAUACCCACAGAACCCAAUUUUUGUUUGUUUGGAUUUUUUAAGUUUUUGCUCUAGAAUGUUUGUUUUUGAAGGGAUCCUCAAACCCGGUAAUGGCAUCGAAAGGAAACCUUCAGACAUAAUUAAUCCUGUUCUCUGUUAUCCCUACUAAACGUUUCCUUAGCAGUUGGUAGAGACGAAUGAGUCUUUGACUGAUGAUGAUAGUUGGCUGCCUUUGACUUUCCUUACUCUGCCUCUGUGAUAAACCAAGAUAAAUGGUCAGGGAAAUGGCAAUAUAUUCUUCCAACCUUCGAAAUAUACCUAUCAUAACAGCAAGGUGCCAGUGAUGGAGAUGUAUCAUCUUAAAACCUGACCAUUGUAUGCAUUGUAGGGGGCUGAAGAUCCCCUUGCAUACUGGAAAAAAGUAAUUUUUGGUUUCAUCACACUAGAGAAAAAUCCACUUAAAAUCCAGCUUCUGCCUCCUGCAGAAUUCUGGGGUUUGUAGUUUAGUGAGACUGUUAAAGGCUCCUCCCUAAACUACAAACCCCAGAAUUCUGCAAGAGGCAGAAACUGGAUUUUAAAUGUGUGUUUUUUUCUGAUCUAAUUCUACCCCUUUGUGCCUUUCCUAUGUACUUGGGGCUCUUGCUGUUUCCUGUGAUGAAUUCUUUCAGCCAGAUUUCUGCAAUAGAUUCCCCAAGAUGGUUUGCAAAGGCAUGAAAAAAAACAUAACAAAAUGAAUUCAAAAUACUAAUAUUGGUAGUUAAGUAACAUUUUGUUUAAAUAGGAAAAACAAUUAGAAAUUUUGAUUCAAGAGGGUUAAAUUAAAUUUGAAACAGCUAGCAGCAGUCAAAUGACUGUCAGAGUCUAGCCUUUGUCUCCUCAAAGCUUUAUUUUGAUCUCUGUCUGGUGACUUAACGUUUUCACUCAUCUCCCUACAAUUCCAAAUUGCCCAUUGCAUGAUUUAAAAUAAAGAAAUCACAUUAUUUUUGUAACGUUUUUCACAUUUGCUUAAUUUGCUUUGUUAAUUUGGCUCAUCAAGGCUGGGAUUUGGCUCUUCUUUGCACAGAGACAGGGUUUUGGCAGGAAGCAGCAAAGCUGAACAACCUUGAAGGAAGAGCAUCAUGUUCUGGUCCAUAACAAUCCAGGCGCAACAUGUAAUCAAGCACAUGCUUUCACCCACACAUAAUAGUUACUAAUAAGCCAGCAUCCAUCACUAGAAAAUAUGCAGAUGCUUUCUUGUGUUCCUCGCCUCCGAGUGUUUAAUUUGGGGGGAGAUGGGGCAAAAAUCAUCAGGAAAGCAAUGCAGCUGUUCAGUUGUAAGCCAUAUUUUGUUGCUUUUUUAUAUCUAGAGAGACAACUGCACACACUGACCAGUUUGUCAUUGCACAACAAGAUACCGUAUAUACUUGAGUAUAAGCAGACCCGAAUAUAAGCCGAGGCACCUAAGUUUACCACUGGGAAAACCUAUUGACUUGAGUAUAAGUCGAGGGUGCAAAAUGCAGCAGCUACUGGUUAAUUUCAAAAUAAAAAUAGAUCCCAAUAAAAUUAGAUUAAUUGAG